CAUGUUAACUUUGGUUCAGUAACAAUACAAACCUUACAUUCAGUUACUUCAUUGUAAAAGUUACUUUUUCAUCUUAGUUUUCACUUUUUCUCUCUCUCAUCCUCAUCAUUUUUGCAUCUUCAUUAACUCACUCUCUCAUUAUCAUCAUUAAUUAUUCUUUAAUCAUCAUCAUGUGAUUAUCAACGCGAUUAUCGUAGGUCAAUUCUGUUUUUUUUCCAAAUCAAUUUCAACGUAAACUCGAACCCAAAUGUUAUCGAUGUUGAUGAUGAUCAUCAUGUUCUAAGUGUGAUACAAUCAUCUUAACAUCAUCAUCAUCUUAGGAACCGGAAAAUGCUUCAAAUUUUGGCAAUCAUCCCAUGGAACCAUGGAAACUGAAUAACUAAGUGAAUUCACUCAGAAAUCUAUUUAUUUCUCCACCCAAACAAUUAACAUUAAUCGUCAAUCGAAAAUGAAACAAAAUUCUGGUUGAACAAAAUUUUCUUCCACUCACCAAAUUAACCAUCAAUUCUAAUAAUUAACUUAUUCAAAUACCUUAUUAAACUGUUUUCUUUUACUAAUUGUGAUUAAACCGAUUACAAUCAAUCUAUCUCAACGUUAAUUCUGUGUACAAUAUUGUACAACAAUCAAAGAAACAAAAAACUAUGGAUAUUAAAUCGUACAGAGAUGAUUUCACUUAGAGCAUUGAUCAGUGCCGUCUACAUAACCAAAAGGGUUAAUCCCAAUUAAAAAAAGUGAACUAAUCUCUCUAGUUAAUCCAAGCCUAAUUACAAUAGGAGGAGAUACUGAAAGCUUAAGUGUAAUCACCUCUGUAACUGUAAACAUUUUUACCUUGUUCAGAAUCAAUAUCAAUAAUAAUAGUGAUAAUUAAUAGAGUUUAUGAAGAAAAUAUUAUUCGUAUCAAGUCUUGUUAUUGAACAUAAUCAUCGUUGUGACUGUUAAGUUUUAUUCAAUUGAGCUUCGUUUUCCUUGUCAACUCAAUCAACAUGUCAUCAGAUGAAACAAAUAUCAAUAGGAAUCAAACCGGUGAGGGUUCAGGGGAUGCUGGUGGUGGAUUAGGAUCACCACCAUUAACCUCUCCCACUACAUCAACCUCUAAAUCGACAAUUAAUUUAACCACUUUGGAUAAGAUAAAAAGAUUUUUCUUCUCAAAGGAGGAAUGGGAAGCUUACCUGAUGGAAAAAUUGGAAGAACAAGAGAAAAAGAAAGGGGGUGACAUUACCCUGGAGACAAAAUCAGACAGUACGACCAAGAAAAACGUGGUCUCCUGGUUGAAAACUGUCUUCCCAAGUCAAGAAGAUGCUAAUUCAUUUCUUAAAUUGCAAAUUGAUAAAAUGCAAGAAGGUCAACAAUCAACACCAACCUCACCCCAGGCGAUUAACGAGAAUAUAAAUUCACCAACAACAUCAAACAAUCAAUUAAUUACUUUAUCCUCUUCAAAGGAAACGGAAAAAGCAUCCUCAUCAUCAUCGAAAGUAUCAAAAAAGGAUAAUAAACAAUCAUCAUAACAACAACAAUGAAGAAGAAAAAAAAUAUUAAUCCUUUAGAAUUAUAUUAAUCUAAUUCUCAUAAUCAUGAUGAUGAUGAUGAUUAUCUUUUCGUUGAUAUAUAGUUUAUCUUAAUGAGUAAACCAAAGAUUUCCUAGUCACCGGAAAUAGUAAAUGAGCACCUUUUCAACUUCCGUUUUGAGAUGAGAGAGAGAGAAAGUCAAAGGAUAAGAAACUCGUCAUCAUCAUCAUCAUCAUGAUGGUUGAUUAUGAUUAGCAAAUAAUACAAAGUAUCAGCCAUCAAUACUCAUUCAUUGUUUUCCUAAUGUUGUUAUCAUAUUUUCCUGAUUUCCUGAGCUCUCAUCAUGAUGAGAGGAUGAGGAUGUGAAUGAUGUAGCACAAGAAAAACUAGAUGGAUGAUGAAAUGAAUAAUUUUAUCAUGUAACAUGAAAUGAUGAAAUUAUUGCUUCUUCUUUUUGUUCUUGUUGAUUUUUUCUCUGCCUUUUGAUAGUUUGUUGUUCAUUAUUGUUGAUCAUUGAUGCGUUUUCCUUUAAUAUUAUCAUUUAACAAGUUAUACAAUUUAACCUUUACCUGGUUGGUUUACCUGUUCACUUUUUUUGUGUUAUUUACGUUGUUCCUCAGUCUGUAUAUUAUCAAUUUCACUGUUGGUUAAUUUUUUUUUUCUCUUGCAACUCAACUAUUAUUAUUACUUGUUGUUCAAUAAUUUUCUCAUGUUUUUAUCCUUAUCCAAUCAUCUUUACCUCUCUCACUUAUCAAAUCCAAUGAUGAAGAUGAAGAUGAUACAUCCCCAUGAUGAUAAUCACCAUGAGCUCCUUAUGAUUAAUCUUCCUCUCUCUCUCUCUUGAUCUAUACUAUCAAACGUACAAUUCAUCAUCAUUUUCAAUUGAUAAUCUCCCUCAUCUUCUAGUCAUGAUUGUUAUUAUUUAUUCAAUUCCAAUAAUGAAGAUAAUAGUAGAUAAUAUAAGAGUGAGUGAGUGAGUGAGGGGGAAUAGGCUCAUGAGGAAAGAUACUAAAAAUUCAUGGUUCAAGGGAUCAGGUAAAAUUGAUGUUCUCAUGCUUGUUGAACAUUAUGUGAAUAUAUGAACCAGCAAUUCACCAGGAAAAAAAAAUUAAACGAUUCCUAAAAUGAUGAGAUAACUUUUACCUUUAUUAACAUGGUUCACUUUUCAUUUCAACUUGAUCAACAUCAUGAUUAUCAUUAGCAUUAUUAUUAUUAUUGUUAUCACUCAGUUUAAGCCGUGGGAAUUAUCAUCUUUAUCAUCUUUAUCAUCAUUCUUCCUCCUCCUCCAAUUGCUUUUUCCCUUUCAUCAAAUUGUUUAAUAUUAUCAUAGUAACUUCAAGACGAUAGGUUCAAAUGGUCAUCACUUAAAACUUGAUGAUGAUGAUGAUGAUGACCACUUCUAGAUUUUAUAUGAAACCAGUUUCUUUUCAAUUUUCAUCAAUACUGUCUUCCUCUCUCUCUCUCUCUCAUCAUCAUCAUGGAUCGUGAUGUAAUCAUCUCUUCAAUCAGUAUAUACAGCGAAAGUUUAUCUUCCUCAACCUCAUCUUCAUCUUCAUCAUUAUCAAUAAAAUGUUUACCUGUAAAGCUCAUCAUCAUUAUCAUCAUGUUUUACCUUUGGUCUUCUAUGUUAUCAUCCUUUUUUUUAACAAAGAAUCGAGGAUGAUGAUGAUAAUGAUGAUAAUGAAGAUAAAGAGCAUCUUCAUCUUGAUAAUAAUGAACACCAAAUGAACUGAAUAGGGAACAAUUAGUUACACUAAGAAUGUCUUCCUUUUCAUCCUCAUCAUUUUGUCUUCUCCCCCAAAAACAACCAAAAGAUACUCAACUAACAUCUACAACUCUCUCUCUCUCUCUCUCUCUACUCACCAUCAUUAUUGUAUUGUAACAUUUUCCAUCAUCAUCUAUGAUUCUUACUACAAAUCAUCAAUCAAAAUCUAAUAUCAAUCACAAAACGAUUCUGUUGAUAUCAAUUUAAUUCAAUUAAUCAACUGUUCAUUCAACUGAUUUGUUUCAACAGGAGCAAUAAAAAAACUUACUAACAUUGAGACUUUUAAGCAUCCUCAUCAUCUUCCAACAUCCAUUGAUGUAUUUAUCGUUAAUAUCAUGAGAAGAAGAUAAAAGAAAGAAAAUUUUUCCUCUCUUGUUU